CCUCCUCCUAGCUUGGCUCGCCUCUGCUCCGCUUCGCCUUUGCUCCGACCCGGUCGGCCUCGCCGCCGUCGCCGCCGCCACCGCAUCACGCGCGCGCGCGCGCGACGGCGCGAGCGCACGGGUGAGGUGAGAGAGGGGUAGUAGAGCAGCAGCCGCCCCCGACCGCCCACGCCCGGGCCGGGUGGUGGAGCACACCGUGGCAUGAUUGGGUCCAUGGCCUCCUGACCCCGCCUCCCUCUCCUCCUCCUCUGCUCCCCUUUUGCUGCUGUUGCUGCUUCCUACUCUCACUCUGCUUCUGCUGCUCAAUCCACCUGCUCCUCUCCUUCUCUUCUCUCUCCCGAGCGGCCGAGAAGAGGCGAGGGGAGAAGGGAGGACUUGAUUCUUGCUUGUUGCUGAUCCAUUCUUUCUUGCUCUGCUCUGCUCUUGUGUGGUGUGUGUGUCCAGGCUUGCCGCAUUAAAGGAGAGGUGGUUUUUGUUGACCCUGUUUAGCAGCAGCAGCAGCAGCAGCGACCAAGAUCCGUCUCGUCGGGGAAGAUGAGGAGAUCUGCAUCUGUAUGCUUCCAAUCCCUCUUUAGCUUUGGGAUAAUGAGCUACUCCGAGUCCUUUUGGUUUUCAUAACCAUGGUUGGGACUCAAUGGUCCAAUGUAUCCAGUACAUACUGCAAGGACAUGGCAUCAAGCGUAUAUCGACCCCACAGUGUCACAAUAACUGAAUUUGGUGCUGUUGGGGAUGGUGUGACUCUCAAUACCAAAGCAUUCCAGAACGCAAUCUUCUACCUCAAUUCAUUUGCAGACAAGGGUGGCGCACAGCUCUUCGUGCCUGCGGGAAGGUGGCUGACAGGGAGUUUUAGUCUUAUCAGCCAUCUCACUUUGUCACUGGAUAAGGAUGCAGAAAUAAUUGGAUCUCCGGAUUCAUCCGAUUGGCCAGUCAUUGAUCCUCUUCCAUCCUAUGGGCGAGGUAGAGAGCUCCCUGGAAAAAGACAUCAGAGUCUAAUUUUUGGAACUAAUCUAACAGAUGUAAUAAUUACUGGCGCUAAUGGUACCAUUGAUGGCCAGGGAGCCAUUUGGUGGGAUUGGUUCCACAGCAACACACUGAAUUAUACUAGGCCACAUCUUGUUGAGUUGAUGUACUCCACCGAUGUUGUUAUAUCCAAUUUAACCUUCAAGAACUCACCGUUUUGGAAUAUCCAUCCUGUAUACUGCAGCCAAGUGCUUGUCCAGCAUGUCACAAUCCUAGCGCCCCUGAAUUCACCGAACACUGAUGGCAUUGAUCCAGAUUCGUCCACAAAUGUCUGCAUUGAUCAUUGUUAUGUCAGAAAUGGAGAUGAUGUUAUUGUCAUAAAAAGUGGGUGGGAUGAGUAUGGCAUUUCCUUUGCUCGUCCUAGCACAAACAUCAGUAUCAGCAACAUCACAGGAGAGACAAGGGGUGGUGCAGGGAUUGCCUUUGGAAGUGAGAUGUCAGGUGGCAUAUCCGAAGUCCGGGCUGAGGGUCUCCGCAUCGUCAACUCAAUGCACGGGAUCAGAAUCAAGACCGCUCCAGGGCGUGGAGGGUAUGUGAAGAACGUGUACAUAUCUGAUGUGAGCAUGGACAAUGUUUCGAUGGCCAUCAGGAUCACCGGAAACUUUGGUGAACAUCCUGAUGACAAAUAUGAUAGAAAUGCUCUCCCAAUGAUAAGCAAUAUUACAAUCGAAAAUGUGGUCGGCGUCAAUGUUGGUGUCGCUGGCAUCUUGGAAGGAAUUGAGGGGGACAACUUCAGCAGCAUUUGCCUGUCCAAUGUUUCCCUCAGUGUACAGUCUAUGCAUCCCUGGAAUUGUUCGCUUAUCGAAGGUUAUUCAAACUCUGUGAUCCCAGAGUCAUGUGAGCAACUCAGAACAGAUUGUGGACAGACACCAAUUUGCUAUGAUGGUGGAAGUUCUUCAGCAAUACAUGCACAGGCAGCCAGACAUAGAUUGUCGAGUGCCAGCAGAUUGCUAAAUCCUUUACUGAAGUUGGCGAUGCUGUAGAGUAGGUAGAGAGAUGCUCUAUUUAUUUGCUGCAGAGGGGCUUUUGCUUCGUGGGAUGCGUCAUGUACAUCUGAUUCUUGCGAUUGUUUUUUUUUUAUUAGCACGAUGUUUGCUUCUUGUAUAUAGUUGUGGGAGAUGAAUGUUGGUGUACCAUGCAUGUUUUUGUCACCAUCUUUGAUUUGUGAUGUAUCUGUUCCAUAGCCUUUUGUUGGGAAGAAAACAGUAUGAUCCUCCUUCCAAUAUGUCCAGUUUUGUGGAUAGGGUCAUCAAAAUUGUAACUUGUAAGUUGAGUAGCAACAAGAGAGAAGAGUCAGUUUUAAUCAUUCUUUUA